AUGACGCACUUCCCCAUCGUCCAGGAGCUCGUUGACAAGAUGGCUGCCGAGCCCGAUUUCAAGGCCGAAAUGGAGAUGUCCUGGCUCGUCGCUUACAACACUCCGGGCCUCGACAUUUUCAACGAGCUCAACGUCCACUCCCUCGACGAAUACAUCGACUUCAUGGACAAGUACCUUCACUGGGUUCCGCUCGAGAACCAGACCGGCACGAACCGCCCGCCGUGGCAGUGGCUCUCCGACUGGCUCGUCCGCUACGCGCUCGAGAUGGGCAAGUGGAUGAGCACCCCGGAGUCCAUCACCCCCGAGCACAUCGCGACCUUCUACGCCGCGCCCAGCUACCACAUGCAGGACUACCCCGUCCCCAUCGGCGGCUGGACGACGUUCAACAACUUCUUCUGCCGCCACAUCGACCCCGCCGUGCGCCCGAUCGCCUCGCCCAACGACGACACCGUCAUCGUCUCCCCCGCGGACUGCUCCUUCGACGGCACCUGGCCCGUGCGCGACCCCGAGGCGGACGUGAACUCGUUCGACGUCAAGGGGAUCGAGUGGAAGAUCUCCCAGCUCCUCGCCGACUUCAGCGGCGACGUCGGCGCGCUCUUCGCCGGCGGCGUCUUCACCCACUCCUUCCUCGGCCCGGAGGACUACCACCGCCAGCACGCGCCCGUCGCCGGCACCGUCGUCCAGGCCGAGGUCAUCUCCGGCAUCUGCUACCUCGAGGUCGGCGUCACCGAGACCCCGGGCAAGUCCGGCAAGGUCCAGCUCGGCAUGCACCGCUACCUCCGCCGCAGGGACGACCCGGAGAUCCCGAAGAAGCACCGCACGUACGCCGUGCCCAGCGCGGGCGCGGGCGGCGGCGCGCCGACGAGCGAGCUCGACGCGCCGGACACGCCCGGCUACCAGUUCCUCCAGGCGCGCGGGCUCGUGCUGAUCGACAACCCGGUGCUCGGGCUCGUCGCGGUGCUGCCGAUCGGGAUGGCGCAGGUGUCGUCGGUGCUGCUGAGCGUGCAGAAGGGGGAAACGGUCGAGAAGGGCCAGGAGAUCUCGUGGUUCGAGCUCGGCGGGUCCGAUAUCGUGAUGGUCUUCCAGAAGGGCGCGAACGUGCAGUUCGAGCAGACGGUCGGGACGCACUACAACUACGGCACGCGCGUCGCGACGGGCGGGUCUGCGUGA